UCUUCCGCCGGGAAUUCCGGUCGCUGUAGCCCUUCGAAGCUCCUCGGACGCGUUUGGGUUGGCUUCUGGGCUCCUGAAGGUUCUGGAAAUCAUACUCAGGACCUCCAGGAAGCUUAUGUGUAGUGUUCUGAGCAGGAGAAUUUAGGACACAGCGAAUGUGUUCUCUUAUGACUCCGCUCUGCUCACCUCUAGUCUCAGCUAUGCUUCCAGAGUCUCCUGUGCAUUUCCAAGAGCAACAAAAAUGGGCUAAAUCUCUGGCUCUGCUGAUUAAUCUUGUGACUAAGACCAGCCCCCCUCCAGAUCCUAGGGCUGACAAUUUGAGUGAAGAGAAACAUGCCAUUACAGGGGUUAGUAUCAUUUGAGGAUGUGGCUGUGGACUUCAGCUGGGAGGAAUGGCAGGAUCUGGACGAUGCUCAGAAGACCCUAUACAGAGACGUGAUGCUAGAGACCUACAGCAGCCUGGUGUCCUUGGGGCAUUGCAGUCCCAAACCUGAGGUGAUCAUCAAGCUGGAGCUGGGAGCACAGCAAUGGAUGGGAGAAGAACACCCAAGCCAGGCCCAUACAGGGCAUUGCACCCCCAGCCCAGACGAGACCAUCAAACUGGAACAGGGAGCACAGCCAUGGAUGGGAGAAGAAUGCCCAAGCCAGAUCCUUACAGAUGUCCAGAAAGUGGAAGACCUGGCUGAGACCAGCCACGACAGUCCAGCCAGACAUCUGUGGCAAGUAAUGAUCACCAGCAACAGUACAGCAGAGGAGCGAUUUGGAUUAGAAAGAACAUUUGAUUUGAGCUCAAACCAUAUUUCAAAACUGGUUAUAAAUAAUGAGAACUACUUAGGAAUGAAGACUGAAGAAUUUAUUGUGUAUCAGAAUGUGUUCCUCCCUAUUGUCCCUGAUAAGAUUCCUACUGGAACAAGACCUGCUGCCCAUGUUACAGUUGGGAAAUCCCUUGGACAUCUUGACUGUCUCAGUCAGCAUCACAGGAUUCAAAAUGGGCAGCAGGAUUUUGAGCAUACUGGAGAAAUGAAGGCUGCUAACACAGAAGCAAUAUUCUUCCUGCAUCAGCGGGUACAUGUAGGAGAGUCCUAUGAAUAUAGUGAACAUGGGCAAGCCUGUGAUAAGUCGGCUCUCAUUGUCCAAAGAAUAACUCAGGUAGGAAGGAAGACACUUGAAUGUAACAUAUGUGGGAAGACAUUCUAUUCAAAUCCUGCACUCACUAAAUAUCAGAGAAUGAACACUGGAGAGAAACCCCACGUAUGUAGUGACUGUGAGAAAUUAUUCAUUAAGGAAACAUACCUUUCAACUCGCCAGAAGAAACACACAGAAGAAAAGCCCUAUGAAUAUAACAUAUGUAUGGAAUCUUUCUACCAGAAAUCAGGCCUCACUUCACAACCUAGCACUCACACAGGGAAGAAACCCUAUGCAUGUAAUGAAUGCAGAAAAUCUUUCUACCGCAAGUCAGAUCUCACUGUGCAUCAGAGAACUCACACAGGAGAGAAACCCUAUGAGUGUAAUAAAUGUGGAAAAUCUUUUAACCAGAAGUCAAACCUCAGCAGGCAUCAGAGGACUCACACAGGAGAGAAACCCUAUGAGUGUAAUAAAUGUGGGAAAUCUUUUAACCAGAAGUCAGACCUCAUUUUACACCUGAGAAUUCACACAGGAGAGAAGCCCUAUGAAUGUAGUGAAUGUAGGAAAUCUUUUUACAAGAAGUCAGACCUCACUGUACAUCAGAGAACUCACACAGGAGAGAAACCCUAUGAAUGUGAUGAAUGUAGGAAAACUUUCUAUCAGAAAUCAAAACUUACUGUGCAUCAGAGAACGCACACAGGAGAGAAACCCUAUGAAUGUAACGAGUGUGGGAAGUCUUUCUAUCAAAAGUCAGACCUCACUGUGCAUCAGCGAACACACACAGGAGAGAAACCUUAUGAGUGUAACAAAUGUUGGAAAUCUUUCUAUCAGAAAUCAGUGCUCACUGUGCACCAGAGAAUUCACACAGGAGAGAAACCUUAUGAAUGUAAUGAAUGUAGGAAAACCUUUUGCCAGAAGUCGCAUCUCAGCAGGCAUCAGAGAACUCAUACAAGGUAGAUACCUUGUGAGCAAUGAAAGGAAGAAAUUCAGUCAGAAGCGAGUCCUUGCCACACAUCAAAAAACUCAGCAGGGGCCUGGCCAGAUAGCUCCGUAGACUAAAGUGCCUGGCGACUGGGGUUUGAUCCCUGGCAU